UCUUUCUUUCCGGCUAGUACGCCAUCAAUUGAGGCAACAUGGGAGCGUACAGAUAUAUGCAGGAGCUAUGGAGGAAAAAGCAGUCGGACGUGAUGCGUUUUCUGCUCCGUGUCCGCUGCUGGCAGUACCGUCAGCUGUCUUCCCUCCAUCGUGCUCCCAGACCCACCCGACCCGACAAGGCCCGUAGACUGGGAUACAAGGCCAAACAAGGCUACGUCAUCUACCGCGUGCGUGUGCGCCGUGGAGGUCGUAAGCGCCCCGUGCCAAAGGGUGCCACCUACGGCAAGCCCGUGCACCACGGUGUCAACCAGAUCAAGUUCGCCCGUAGCCUGCAGUCCACGGCUGAGGAGCGCGCUGGCCGUCACUGCGGUGGUCUCCGGGUCCUGAACUCCUACUGGGUGGGUGAGGACUCCACAUACAAGUUCUUCGAGGUGAUCCUGGUCGACACCUUCCACAAGGCCAUCAGACGCAACCCCGAGACCCAAUGGAUCACCAAGGCCGUGCACAAGCACAGGGAGAUGCGCGGCCUGACCUCGGCCGGCAAGAAGAGCCGCGGCUUGGGCAAGGGUCACAAGUACCACCUGACCAUCGGAGGUUCCCGUCGCGCCGCCUGGAGGAGACGCAACACCCUGCAGCUCCACCGCUACCGUUAAGGAGCGUCUUGUCUGUACAUUCGUCACAAUAAUAAAGAACCUUUUUACGGUGGU